AUGGAGCCCCGGCGUGGCGACUACCGAUUCGCCGGCCGGUCUAACAACGGCAAGCGCCGCGGAGAGGGAGGACACAAUGAGCUGGUCGCCACCACCGACUACGAGCAGCGCGAGCCAAAAUCCCACCCCUCGGUGCGCGCACCCCGCGAGCUGGACAUUGCUGAGCCUCCUGCUCCCGACUCCACCCUAGUCGCACUCGCCGCCGACAGCAUCGAUUGGACCGAGCCGUACAUAAGCUACCUCGAGCGCCAGAUACUGCCAAUGGAUGAAGCCAAAGCACGGGCUAUCGUACGCAGGUGCAAGUCUUUCACCAUCAUCAACAACGAACUAUACAAGCGUAGUGUCUCGGGAGUGUUCCAACGAUGCGUCGACACCACGGAAGGGCGCAACAUCCUGCGCGACAUCCACGCAGGGGACUGCGGCCACCACGUGGGCGCGCGUUCAAUCGUUGCCAAAGCCUUCCGUCACGGCUUCUAUUGGCCAACAGCCCACGAAGACGCAGUCGCGCUCGUCCGUUCGUGCGCCGGGUGCCAAAAGUACGCAAGCCAGUCGCACAUGCCAGGGUCAGCAUUGAAGACCAUUCCCCUUACCUGGCCCUUCGCCGUCUGGGGCAUGGACAUGACCUUCGGUCGCCGCUACUGGAAGAGUGAAGUCCACGACCGGCCAAGUAGCCGGGCUAACAAGGGCAUGGCGGUGUGA